CGGUCAAAAAUCGCAGUUUUCGAGAAGAUGUGGUCGUACAUGCGGAGCGCGGACCCUUCGGUGUUCGUCAAGAACACCAACGAGGGCGUGAUCAGGGUCAGGAAGUCGAAGGGGAAGUACGCCUACCUGCUGGAGUCGUCCAUGAACGAGUACAUCGAGCAGAGGAAGCCGUGCGACACCAUGAAGGUGGGAGGAAACCUGGACUCGAAAGGUUACGGAGUGGCCACGCCCAAAGGAUCGCCCCUCAGGUACACUCUGAACCUCCGGACACGGGGACGCUCUGUGUGGGCUUCAUGUCGGUGUCCUGUUCUGUCUGUCUCUGUGGGAUUUUAG